UUAACCAGUUGGUGAAAUAAAACAUAACCUCUACAGUUUAAAUGUGUAAUCCUAUCACCUUUUGUUGUAGCAUUGAAUCAUAAGAUUUAUUAUUCAAUGGUUGUAGUUAAUAAUGGAUGCUUUCGAUAUUUUUAAAAAAUUGACCCAAGGCGCUCGGUUUAAACGAAAUUCCACUCGCAGCGAAAACCCUGCGAGUACUUUUACCUACAAAACUGCAUUGCCCGAAAAAGUAAAGCUAGAGGAUGCAGAACAGAGUCAGGCCCAGCCUGAGAGUGAUGAAGGUGUGGAUGUGGACGAAAAGGCACUGACCUUACUGGGUACCAUAACGUCGGACAAGCCUAAACUGAAACGUAAGAAGCCAAGUAAACUCAGCAACGAGGAACGAGAGAAGAUUGUACACGAACAGGCGGUUAAUCGUACUCGAAAUCAACUGCACAUAAACGUGUCCGGAAGCGAUAUACCGGAACCGAUAGUGUCAUUCGAUCAGCUGUCCAUUCCUACCGACCUAAUUGUCAAUUUGAAACGGGCCGGUUACAACGAGCCGACUACCAUACAAAAACAAUGCAUUACAGUCAUGCUGGAGGGUAGGCAGGUGCUGGCCUGCGCACCGACCGGCUCGGGGAAAACGGCCGCCUUCGUUGUGCCCCUGAUUCAUCACCUGAAAGGUCCGCAGCGCAAAGGGUUUCGUGCGGUUAUCGUUUGUCCGACGCGCGAAUUGGCCAGGCAGACGCAACGUGAGUGCCUUCUGUUGUCUUUAGGUCGUGGAUUUCGCAUACAUGUCAUACACAAGAAGGCGCUCACUCAAUACGCGCCGAAGAGUUCUCAAAAGUUUGACCUAUUGGUGACGACCCCAAACAGCUUGUGCUACUUGCUGAAACAAGAGCCGCCGGUCAUAUCUCUGGCGAACGUGGAGUGGCUGAUUAUUGACGAAGCGGAUAAGCUUUUCGAGACUGGUCUUAAUUCUUUUCGUGACCAAAUGGAGGAGAUCUUGUUGGCCUGUAGUAAUAAGGAUCGUAAAAUAGGGAUGUUUAGUGCCACUUUGACCACUUUCGUGGAUGAGUGGUGCAAGGAAAAUAUGGCAGAUUUUGUUCGGAUAACUGUGGGGCAAAAGUGAGUACCUGUAAUUUGUCAUUUCCAUGGAUUACUGCUAGCUAGUAGUGGCCAAAUUUGGCUCUUUUUUUGUAGUAACUUCCAAAGGCUAGUAUGUAUUGUUUAUUGGGAUUUUGUCACUUUUAUGUAAAUAGUUGCAGAAAUGUUCUUUUUGAAUCUUUGCUUUGGUAGGUAAGUGUUUGAGAUUUAAAUUUAUAGGGUAAAGUAAUGGACUCAAGAAAAUUUGAAGAAUUGUGUGAUGUGUUGCCUAUAUGUAAGUAUUUUCUCACAAUUUUGUCUGAUUUCGAUUUGACAUGUUUCUUGACUUGGCCGUCAAUAAAUAUU